CUGCGCUUGCUGAGACAGAAGCAGCACGACAGCCGAGCAGCUACGAUCAGCACAGCCACUGAGAGCAACCAAAGAUGCUUUGCCCAAGCACACUUCAGUCUCCGCUCAGCCCCUUCAUGGACUUCCACUGGCCUGUACGCAGUCUCUGGCCAGAGACGAGGCCUCUCUUCUUCCAAAUCGAGCAGGAGAUGAUGAGGCACAUGCAAGAGAUGAGGCACAACUUGGAGUUCAUGGAGCGCCUCCACAGGAAGAUCUUCGACGAGAUCGACCAUGUCCCUGCCUCUGUAACUUUCAAGCCCAUCUCAUUCCAGGUGGGAAAAGAAGGCGACCGCUUUGCGCUGACACUGGACGCUAAAGAAUUCUCCCCAGAGGAGCUGUCCGUCAAGCAAGUGGGAAAGAAGCUGCGAGUGAGCGGGAAGACCGAGAAAAAGCAGGACGAUGGCAAAGGAUCCUACUCAUACAGAUGCCAGGAAUUCCGGCAGGAGUUUGACCUUCCAGAAGGUGUCAAUCCUGAGUCAGUGACCUGCUCUUUAAAUAACGGUCAGCUGCAGAUACAGGCGCCCAGAGAGAGCUCUCCAGGUGAGAAGGAGAGAGUGGUGCCCAUUACAUACACUCCUGCUGUGAAGAGCCCUCCUCAGAGUCCACAGCCUCAGGCACAAGAUGCCCUGGAAGACUCCCCUAAGAACUGAACUCAGCACCUUCGGUCUGGCUGAAAAUGAACCUGUAGUUCUGUUCGAUGUGCACACCUAAUUUAUUAUCCGUACUGUAGCUGUAUUCCAGGUGGUUGUUAGUCUGUCUUUGUUUUAAGUUCAUAAGAUUCAUUGUGCUAACCCCUACUACAGCUGCAGCAGAUUGAAUGUACUGUUAAUUAUGGAGGCGGUGGGGUCUGACUGUGAAAGAUACCUGAAUGUUUUUUCACUGAAAUCAUUGGAUUACUAACUUUGUACAAUAUUAAAGUCUUUUUAAAUGACUUUAAGUCAUUCUUUUGA